AUGGCUCUGUCCAGGCUGGCCGGCAGCCUCAACGGCUUCCCGUCGGGGCUGGAGCCGUCGGGGCUGGAGGGCAGUGGCGGGGAGGUGGUCCGGCUGCUGCAGUGCCUGGAGGCCGGCGCCGUCCUCACCCUCUUCCACCAGAAGAAGUCGCAGCGGCCCGAGCGGAGGAGCUUCCAGCUGCGCCCCGGGAGCCGCCAGCUCGUCUGGAGCCGCGCGCCCGAGAAGCUGGACGGCGACGUGGAUAUUCGGGAAAUCAAAGAGAUUCGGCCAGGGAAGAAUUCCCGGGAUUUUGAACGAUAUCCAGAAGAUGCCCGGAAAUUGGACUCUGCCUUGUGUUUCAUCAUCUUGUAUGGGGUGGAUUUCAGGCUGAAGACAUUGAGUUUGGCAGCCUUCUGCGAAGAUGACGUCAACCUGUGGAUAGCAGGCCUGAACUGGCUGGUGACGGACACACAGAGAGCACCGAUGCCGCUCCACAUUGAAAGGUGGCUGAGGAAGCAGUUUGACCUGAUGGACAGAUCGAGAGAAGGCAGCGUCACCCCCAAGGAUCUGAAGGCCCUCUUGCCUCAGACCAACUAUCGUGUGCCUAACAUGAGAUUCCUGAGGGACAAGCUUCUGGAGGUGGAAGUAAGGACCGAAAUGACCUUCAGCCACUUCGCACAUUUCUAUAAAAACCUGAUGUUUGAUGCCCAGAAAUCGAUCAUUGAGCAGCUAGAACUGUCUUUUCCCUUGCGAAAUGUGGACCGGCCAGAGCUCUGCCAGAUCACCUUGUAUGAUUUUCAGAAGUUCCUGCAGUAUGACCAGAAGGAGCCCUGGGCAAGUGACAUUGGCCGAGUCCGGGAGUUCAUGUGCAGCUACCUGCAGGAUCCCUUCAGCGACAUGACCGAACCUUUCUUCCAGCUGGAUGAGUUCCUGACGUUCCUCUUCUCCAAAGAAAACAUGGUCAUGGACUCCAAGUACGAGCGGGUUGUGCCGGAGGAAAUGAAUUACCCCUUAUCUCAGUAUUGGAUCUCCUCCUCCCAUAACACGUAUCUCACCGGAGACCAAUUCUCCAGUGAGUCCUCUCUGGAAGCUUACGCCCGCUGCCUCCGCAUGGGCUGCCGUUGCAUCGAAUUGGACUGUUGGGAUGGUCCCGAUGACCUGCCGAUCAUUUACCACGGCCACACCCUCACCUCCAAAAUCAAAUUCCUGGAUGUUCUUCACACCAUUAAGGAGCAUGCCUUCGCCACCUCCGAGUUUCCCAUCAUUCUCUCCAUCGAGGACCACUGCAGCAUUGUCCAGCAGAGGAACAUGGCGUCCCACUUCAAGAAGGUCUUCGGGGACAUGCUGCUGACCAAGCCGGUGGAUGUCAACGCCGACCAACUGCCCUCGCCUGCCCAGCUCAGGAAGAAAAUCCUCAUCAAGCACAAGAAGCUGGUGGAAGGGAACCUGUACGAAGAGGUCUCCAUGGCCAGUUAUUCCGAGAACGACAUCAGCAACUCCAUCAAGAAUGGCAUCCUUUACCUGGAGGAUCCGAUUGACCACACCUGGAGCCCGCACUACUUUGUUCUGACGAGCAACAAGAUCUAUUACUCAGAGGAGACCUCCCGCUACCAGACCAACGAAGAUGAGGAGGAACCGGAACAGAAAGAGGAGUUUAACAACAACGAGCUGCACUUCACUGAGAAAUGGUUCCACGGCAAACUGGGCGGAGGCCGAGAUGGGCGCCAGAUCGCCGAGAAGCUUCUUCACGAGUACUGUACGGAGACAGGGGGCAAAGAUGGCACUUUCCUGGUGCGGGAGAGCGAGACCUUUGUGGGCGACUACACCCUCUCCUUCUGGCGCUCUGGCCGCGUCCAGCACUGCCGCAUCCAUUCCCGGCAGGAAGCCGGGGCCACCAAGUUCUACCUGACGGACAACUUGGUCUUCGACAGCCUCUAUGGCCUCAUCUGCCACUACCGCGAGGUGCCACUACGCUGCAACGAGUUCGAGAUGCGGCUAACAGACCCCGUGCCGCAGCCGAACGCCCAUGAGAGCAAGGAGUGGUACCACGCCAACCUGACCCGCUUGCAGGCCGAGCACAUGCUGAUGCGGGUGCCCCGGGAUGGCGCAUUCCUCGUGCGCAAACGCAGCGAGCCCAACUCCUAUGCUAUCUCUUUCCGAGCGGAAGGCAAGAUCAAGCACUGCCGAAUUCAGCAGGAAGGGCGCAUGUUCAUGCUGGGCAGCUCGGCUGAAUUCGAGAGUCUCCUCGACCUGGUUAGCUACUACGAGAAGCACCCCCUGUACCGCAAGAUGAAACUGCGCUACCCGAUCAACGAGGAGACCCUGGAGAAGAUGGGCACGGCGGAGUUGGACUACGGAGCGCUCUAUGAGGUGCGGACCCCCCAUUUCUACGUAGAGGCCAACAAGAUGCCAGUGGCCAAGUGUACAGUGAAGGCCUUGUACGACUACAGAGCCCAGCGGGAGGACGAGCUUUCGUUCUGCAAACAAGCCAUCAUUCACAAUGUCGACAAGCAGGAUGGAGGAUGGUGGCGAGGAGACUAUGGGGGCAAGAAGCAGCUCUGGUUUCCGGCCAACUACGUGGAAGAGAUCAUGAACACCUCUGCACCAGAACAGGACGAAGCUUCCGCAGAGAACAGCCCCCUGGGUAACUUCUUGAAAGGGUUCAUUGACGUCCCCUCUUGCCAUAUAGUUAUCUCCAAAGACGGGAGGAGCUGCAAACCAUUUGUCUUCACCAUCCAUUCCCAGCAGAUGACCCAGUCAUUGGACAUUGCCGCCGACACCCAGGAGGAGCUCAACGACUGGGUGGCCAAGAUCAGGGAAGCCACGCAGAAUGCGGAUGCCAGGAUGCAGGAGGGUAAGAUCAUGGAGCGGAGGAAGAAGAUUGCUCUGGAGCUGUCAGAAUUGGUCGUUUACUGCCGUCCAGUGCCUUUCGACGAAGAGAAAAUCGGCACCGAGAAAGCGUGCUACCGGGACAUGUCUUCCUUCCCCGAGACCAAGGCUGAGAAGUACGCCAACCGCAGCAAGGGCAAGAAAUUCCUGCAGUACAACCGCCGGCAGCUGAGCCGCGUCUACCCCAAGGGGCAGCGGCUCGACUCCUCGAACUACGACCCCCUGCCCAUGUGGCUCUGCGGCAGCCAGUUGGUGGCCCUCAACUUCCAGACCCCAGACAAGCCAAUGCAGUUAAACCAGGCGCUGUUCACCUUGGGGGGCCGCAGCGGGUACGUGCUGCAGCCAGACAUCAUGCGGGACGACCUCUUUGACCCCUUCGACAAGAGCAGCCUGAAGCUUGUGGAGCCCAUAACUGUUCAGCUGCAGAUCCUGGGGGCUCGGCACCUCCCCAAGAACGGGCGCAGCAUCGUCUGUCCCUUUGUGGAGGUGGAGGUCUGUGGCUCCGAGUUCGACAACAGCAAAAACAAGACAGAAGUUGUGGCUGACAAUGGCCUCAAUCCCGUCUGGCUCGUCAAGCAGUUUGUCUUCGAUAUCAACAACCCCGAGUUUGCCUUCCUACGUUUUGUGGUCUAUGAGGAGGACAUGUUCAGCGAUCCCAACUUCUUGGCUCAGGCUACCUUCCCCGUUAAAAGCCUCAAAACAGGUUACAGGUCGGUGCCUCUGAAGAACAGCUACAGUGAGGACCUCGAACUGGCCGCCCUGUUGAUCCACAUCGAAAUCGUCAAUGCCAAGGAAGAGGACGACGAGAACCUCUACUCCUCCAUCCAGCAGCUGCGGGACCGAGCCAGUGAGCUCUCCAACCAGGUCUCCAGCUUUGAGCACAGCAACAACUGCGACUCGCGCUACCAGCAGCGGCUGGACGAGCUGCGCGCUGCCCAGGAGCGGCUCAUGGAGCUGACAGAAGUGCGCAACAGGAAGUUGAUGGAGAAAAAGAAGCGCGAUCGGCAGCUGGCCAACAAACGCAACUGAACCAGCCCUGACAUUCACAUUCCUGGCUACGGGGAGGCUGGGAGCAGCGCCCCCCACC